AUGGAUAUCGGUGGUUCACAUGUGAACAUGAAUGAGAAAUGUUGCGGUUCAUUAUGGGAUCAGUUGGGAGAGUGUUUAGCAGAGGUGAUCACAAAAAUGGACUGUGUUCGAUCGAAAAGGGAAUCAGCAAAAGCUUGGAUAACGCUCAUUAGCUAUGUGGUUGAUGGUAUGAAGUGUGGCUAUAUGGAUGAGUGGAAAAGGAAAGCAAGCGGUCGGCUCGUCAAUGGAUGCCCCAAUCGGGGUGACAAUGAAAGGCGUUAA